AUGCCCUCUUCAACCCCCGUUCAUCGCCCCAAACAAACAAAGACCAAGAAAGAAGAACCAAUUAGUUAUGACAUCAAUAUCCCCUACGUCAAUGUAGACAAGCAAUCCAAAAUCACCACCAAAUACCCCCAAUACCUCCCAUCCUGGGACCCAGUCUGGUUCGAACCCCUGCAACCCUUUGACUACGAAGACCCAGCUCUGCGCGUCCGCAACAAGUCAAAACCAAACCUGCUCCCUCCCUCCGCAAAGGUCAACCACAUCCAGCCAAGCCUAGGAACAGUCGUCGAGAAUGUCCAGCUCUCCUCCCUCUCCGCCGCCGGAAGAGAUGAACUCGCCCUCCUCAUCUCAGAGCGCAAGGUCGUCGCCUUCCCAGAUCAGGACCUCAUAGACGCAGGCCCGGACGCACAAGAAGCUUUCAUGCGUCAUUUCGGUAAACCAAACUACCAGCCCGUCUCCGGCUCCAUGACCGAUCAUCCCGCCUUCCAUAUCAUCCACCGCGACGGCAACAAGGAGGAAAUCGCCCGCUUCCUCGAGCAGCGCACGACUACUACCCUCUGGCAUCAAGAUGUCAGCUACGAAAUCCAGCCUCCCGGGUAUGUUAUGCUCGGCCUGCUGCAGGGUCCGGAGGUCGGGGGUGAUACCGUCUUCGCGGCCACGGAUUUAGCCUAUAAGCGACUGUCGGCGCCUGUUAGGGCUUUCCUGGAUGGAUUGAAGGUUACUCAUUCUUCUGCUAAGAUGAUUGCCCAUGCUCGCUUGACGGGUGGCUUGGUCAGGAAAGAUCCUGUGGAUACGGUCCACCCACUUAUACGGGUGCACCCGGUCUCUGGGGAGAAGUGUAUGUUCUUGAAUGGCGAGUUUAUUACCCGCAUUCAUGGGCUCAAGGAUUCCGAGACCAAGUGGGUGUUGGAUUUCCUUAUGAAUCAUCUCGUUACAGGUCAUGAUUUCCAGGUGCGAGUGCGCUGGCAGCCUAGGACUAUUGUGAUGUUUGAUAAUCGGUCGACUAUUCGUGAGUUUCGCCCUAAAGAUGAGAGAGGAAUUGAGGGACCUUUGCUAAUGAAACUAGACUCUGCAAUUGUCGACUACUUGGAUGAUGAUUAUGGUGCGAAAGCUCGUCAUAUCUUCCGCCUGAUUGCACUGGGUGAGAAGCCUAUUCCUGUAUACGAGGAUGAGGAGGAUGAGGUAUUCGAAUAG